CAAGAGCCUGAGUGGAUUGUCUUCCCUCAAUGAGAAGGAACUGGCCUUUUUGAGACCUGACUUAUGAAGAUAAACCUGUGGAAUAACUCACACACUGGAAUAUAGCUCAGUAUUGGUUGGGACAUCCAUUUGUGAAGAGGGGAGAGGAGCCGUUGCAGAGGGCCUAGCUGGGGGCCACAGAGAGCCAGAGAGACAGGCCUGAUGGCAGGAACCUGGAAGGCAGUCCGCUCUGAAUACGUGCUCUAGGAGCCCACCCCGCCAGGGGCCACACUUCACGGGGAAGAAACACUGCACAGGUGUGUGUCCAUGAGGUCGUCCAUGCUGGUCCUGCUCCUCGUGGUCAGUGCCCAGGCCGUGGCCACCAUGGGAGGGGACUUCUGCCCCCCGGCCUCCGCUCAGCAGCAGGGCCCUGCCCCUAACAGGACCCCUAACUCUACCCCCACCGUGGACCCAAAACUCUUCACCAAGCGUCGCUACCGCUCACCCCGCGUUCUCUUCAGUGCGCAGCCGCCCGACACGGAGCCCACAGGACGCCAGGGGUCAGGGGCCAGCAGGGCAAGGCGCAUGGUAGGUCAGCCACAGCACCGGGGGGUGUACUCUGUGUGUGAGAGUGUCAGCGUCUGGGUGGGCAACAAGACCAAGGCCACGGAUAUAUCGAACAACGAGGUGGAGGUGCUCCCGGACGUCAACAUUAACAACGUCAAGAAGAAGCAGUACUUCUUUGAGACCACGUGCCGCGGCGCCCGGGCGGGCAGCUCUGGCUGCCUGGGUAUCGACGGGCGACACUGGAACUCCUACUGCACCAACUCGCACACAUUCGUGCGGGCGCUGACUUCCUUUAAGGAUCUGGUGGCCUGGAGACUGAUCCGCAUCGACGUGGCCUGUGUAUGUGUGCUCAGCCGAAAGUCCUGGCGACAGUGACUGUACUGUAAUCACUGGUCCUGUAGUCACUGCAGUACUGACCGAAGGGACCACAUGGUACUGUUAUGUGGUCACUGCAGUUCCAACCGCCCCACCCCCACCCCACUGGACUACUGCAGUUCCAACCCCCCACCCCACUGGAGU